AUGCUGGGCCUGCUGUGCAUGACCCUCUUCUUUGUUGGGUGCACCACUGCUGGAAACCCAGCACCCCUGUCUGAGCAUGUGCCGGUGGGCAUCGUGGGGGGCCACAGCGCCCCCCAGGGGAAGUGGCCAUGGCAGGUCAGCCUGAGGAUCUACAGCUACUACUGGACCUCCUGGGUGCAUGUGUGUGGGGGCUCCCUCAUCCACCCACAGUGGGUGCUGACUGCUGCCCACUGCGUCCACCAGAGAGAUGCUGACCCUGCAUCCUUUCGGAUCCACGCUGGAGAUGUAUAUCUCUAUGGGGGCAAGGAGCUGCUGAGAGUGAGCCAGGUCAUCGUCCACCAGGACUAUGUCCAUGCUGGCCUGGGCUCAGACGUGGCUCUGCUCAGGCUGGAGAAACCCCUGGACUGCUCCGCUAACAUCAAGCCUGUCAUGCUGACCUCUGGGUCUCUUGAGCUCACCUCGAAGUACCCAUGCUGGGUGACUGGCUGGGGCAUGUACCACAUGUAUGCAUCGCUGCCCCCUCCCUACCGCCUGCAGCAGGUUCGGGUGAAGGUCGUGGACAACGCCCUCUGUGAGCAGCUGUGUCUACGAGGGCAAGGGGACAUCUUCAGCAUGACAAAAGACUUUAGCCAGUGCCAGUGGCACAAUGUGCUUGAGUGA